AUGGCAGACGGUGCUGGAGAAGACGCAAUUGAUCCCUUCAGAGACCCUUCGAUGGCUGGCAACACUACAAAUGAUGUCCAAGCCGACGUGCCUGCGACGCUUGCAGUGGGCAGGAAUGCCUCGCUGACGCUGGGUACAGAUGCUUUGAUAGUGACUGAUAAUAACACGACGCGCUCGAUCCUCUUUUACAAUGUCCUCUGGGCCGAAACCGCAGACGAUGGCGAGGUCAUCAUCCACUAUGCGCACGCCGUGUCAAAGCAGGUCGUGCGGCCGCAGAUUAUCAGCUACAAGCUCGAGAAGCCAGACAGCGACCUUGCGGAAGCAUGGAUAGAGAGACUGCUAGAGAAGGCAUACGGCGCGUCGCAACGACAGAAGCGCAUCAAGGUGCUGAUAAAUCCUUUUGGCGGCCAGGGCAAGGCGUCGCAGCUUUACCACAAACACAUCGCUCCCAUAUUCGCAGCCGCGCGCUGCGAGCUUGACGUAGAAACGACCAAGCACAACGGUCACGGUAUCGAGAUAGCGCAGAGUCUGGACAUUGAGAAGUAUGACGUGGUGGCUUGCUGCUCUGGGGACGGCAUCCCGCACGAAGUGUGGAAUGGCUUUGGCAGGAGGGAGGAUGCGCAACGCGCUCUAGUCAAGGUCGCCGUGGUCCAACUACCCUGUGGAUCUGGAAAUGCCCUGUGCCUGAACCACAAUGGCACUGACAGCCCGAGUCUCGCCGCUCUCGCCGUCAUGAAAGGCCUCCGCACGCCUUUGGACCUCGCUUCAGUGACUCAGGGCGACCGCCGCACGCUGUCCUUCCUCUCGCAAUCUGUCGGUAUCGUCGCCGAAAUCGAUCUCGCAACCGAACACAUGCGCUGGAUGGGUAGCGCACGCUUCACGUACGGUUUCCUUAUCCGCCUAAUAAAGAAAACCUGCUAUCCGGCGGACAUAGCCAUAAAAGUUGUUCACGACAACAAAGAGGCCGUCCGGGCAGCCUACCGCGCAGAGGCCGCAAAACCCCCACGCACGCACGAUGACCGCAUCCUACCACCCCCGGGCGAAGCAUGUGGCCUUCCGUUACUCAAGUACGGCACCAUGAAUGACCCAUUACCUGACGGUUGGGAGUUAGUCCCUCACGACGAACUCGGCAACUUUUAUGCAGGCAACCUCGCCUACAUGUCUCCCGACGCGAAUUUCUUCCCUGCUGCGCUACCUGGCGACGGCUGUCUCGACCUAAUACGUAUCAAGGGUACUCUAGCCCGGACAAAAUCCAUUGCCACUUUACUUGCUAUUGAGCAGCACAAGUUCUUUGAUUCACCGCAUGUCGACUACCAGAAGAUCAGCGCGUUCCGUAUUAUACCCAAGAAUCAAAAGGAUGGGUACAUCAGCGUUGAUGGGGAGAAAAUACCGUUUGCGCCGUUCCAGGUCGAAAUGCACAAGGAGUUGGGGACGGUGCUAAGUAAGAACGGACAUGUGUUUGAGGCCAGGGGCGUGUAA